AUGGUCAAGUGCUCCGUGGCGCCUCCCGACAAGACCAGUGUUCGGGUCCUGUACGAGGCAGAAAUCACAAUACAGGUGGAAAAAGCGAUUUGGCCUUCUGAAGUUGGCCUUCUGAAGUUGGCGUGGAAGCCGUAUCCAGUGGUUGGUCAUCUUCCAGGGCAGCUGGGUUAUCGUACGACCACUUUAUCUACCAGUAAUCUCUCCCGCCGUCUAUACACGACUUGGAACAAACCACAACACCCGCCACCCGCGCCGUCGACACCCUCAACGAGCACAGACGACCUAUCUCUUGCAGAAAAGGCGUUAGACGACACAAAACAACAGUCAAAGCACGCGGCAGUACUCGCAGCAGCAGCGGCCGCACAGACAAUCCAAGACGACUAUCCGUUGCAGCAGUUUCAGCUCGGGUCAGAAGAAGACGCGUACGAGGGUGAUCGAAUCGUCGAAAAGGUUGUGCACGACAUGAGCGAUAGUCAGGCAAAGAUCAUUGAUGGGACGGCGAUUGCAAAGGAGAUCCGAACCUCUGUUCGAGAUCGAAUCGAGGCUCUCAAGAAGACGAAUCCUACCUUCCCUACUCCAAAGCUCGUCAUUAUCCAAGCGGGUGAGCGCCCAGAUUCAACCACCUAUGUUAAGAUGAAGGCAAAGGCAUGUGCCGAGGUCGGCAUAGACUAUGCACACGUCGCGAUGCCAGCCGACGCGACCGCUGCCCAGAUUAUCGAAGAGGUGCAAAAGCUGAACCAUGAUAGCUCAGUACACGGCAUCCUCGUACAGAUGCCGCUUGGCGAGAAUGUCGGUCUGGAAGGUGAACGUCAAGUGAUGGAGAGUGUUAGUCCUAUGAAGGACGUGGAUGGGUUCCACGCCUACAACAUCGGACACCUUUCUUCGCGUUCGUCAGAACCACUCUUUACUCCAUGCACGCCCUCUGGAGUCAUUCAUCUUCUCACCACCACCGGUUUCAACUUGGCGGGAUCCAACGUGGUCGUACUCGGUCGUAGCGACAUUGUCGGUAAUCCUGUUGCUGCAAUGCUUCGCAAGAAGGAUGCAACUGAGACGAUGAUCAACGCCUUGAGAAACGCAGACGUCGUUGUAUCCGCCAUUGGAAAACCUGAAUACGUCAAAGCCGAGUGGCUCAAACCGGGAACCAUAGUCAUUGAUGUUGGCACGAACUAUAUCCCAGAUUCGACGAAGAAGAGUGGUCAGCGACUCGUCGGCGACGUCGAAUUUUCGCAAGCAUCGGGCGUUGCGUCUCAUAUCACCCCCGUCCCAGGUGGCGUUGGACCGAUGACCGUCGCAAUGCUCAUCUCGAACACUCUCAAGAGUUCUGAACGCCUAUGGGAGAAAGAACGCGCGCGUAAACUUGUCCCCCUCAAGCUCAACGUUCUGGAAAAGGUGCCCAGCGAUAUCGAGAUUGCGGUCGCUCAGACACCAAAGCCUAUUACUCACCUGGCGACGGAGAUUGGGAUCCGACCAGACGAGCUCGAGUCGUAUGGAAAGUACAAAGCCAAAGUCGAGCUUUCCAUCCUGGAUCGUCUCGCAAAGAGAAAGGAUGGCAAAUAUAUCGUCAUAUCUGGUAUCACGCCCACGCCUCUCGGAGAAGGCAAAUCGACGACGACAAUUGGCCUGGCUCAGGCCAUUGGCGCCCAUCUGGGACGUCCAGCAUUUGCUUGUGUCCGUCAGCCAAGUCAAGGUCCGACCUUUGGUAUCAAAGGGGGUGCUGCUGGUGGAGGAUACAGUCAGGUCAUCCCAAUGGACGAAUUCAAUCUUCACCUCACGGGCGAUAUUCACGCGGUAUCUGCGGCAAACAACCUACUCGCCGCCGCUCUGGAUGCGCGCAUGUUCCACGAGUCGACACAAACAGACAAGGCUCUUUACAAUCGUCUCGUCCCGACAGUCAAGGGCAAGCGUGCCUUUGCACCGCUCAUGUUCAAGCGUCUGAAAAAGCUCGGGAUCGACAAGACGGAUCCCAACGAGCUCACGCCAGAGGAGAUUAACCGCUUUGCGCGUCUCGAUGUUGACCCAGCGACAAUUACGUGGAAUCGUGUCGUUGAUACGAAUGAUCGGUUCUUGAGGAAGAUUGUCGUUGGAAAGGGAGAGGCAGAAAAAGGCUUCGAGCGUGAUACUGGGUUUGAUAUCUCUGUUGCGAGCGAAUGUAUGGCGGUCCUUGCGCUCAGCACGGACCUGAAAGACAUGCGCGAGAGACUCGGUGCCAUGGUCGUCGCGACGAGCAAGCGCGGUGAACCGAUUACUGCUGACGAUAUUGGCGUUGGAGGGGCGCUGGCGGUACUCAUGAAGGAUGCAAUCAAACCGAAUCUUAUGCAGACCCUGGAGGGCACACCCGUCUUCGUACAUGCCGGACCGUUUGCCAAUAUUGCGCACGGCAACUCCUCAAUCCUUGCCGAUCGCAUCGCACUCAAACUCGCAGGCACAGAACCCGGCGAAACCGACUCGACACGCGAAGGAUACGUGCUCACCGAAGGUGGUUUCGGCGCCGACAUGGGCAUGGAAAAGUUUUGCAAUAUCAAGUGCCGCGUGAGUGGCCUGACGCCAGACGCGGUCGUCAUCGUCGCAACGACGAGGGCACUCAAGAUGCAUGGCGGUGGGCCCGAGGUCACGCCAGGGAAACCUCUUGCGGAUACGUAUACGAAAGAGGAUCUCGAAACACUUGGUGUGGGAAUUGGAAAUCUCGAGCGACAUAUCGAAAAUGCGAAAAAGUUUGGGUUGAAAGUCAUCGUUGGCGUCAACCAAUUCUCGUCGGAUUCAUCCGCUGAGCUCGAAUUGAUCUGCUCGCGUGCCAUGCAAGCUGGCGCGGACGCGGCGGUCGUCUCGAACCAUUGGGCACUCGGAGGUGCUGGAGCCAAAGAUCUUGCCGAGGCCGUUGUCGCUGCGUGUGAGGGCGAGUCAACAUUCAAGUUUCUGUAUCCGCUGGACAUUCCCAUCGUUGACAAAAUUUCGGCGAUUGCCAAGGAGAUUUACCGUGCGGAUGGGAUUGAGCUUAGUGAACUUGCGCGGAGCCAGGUCGAGCUUUACGAGAAGCAGGGGUAUGGAAACUUGCCUAUCUGCAUGGCGAAGACGCAGUACUCUUUCUCGCACGAUCCAAAGCUCAAAGGAACCCCGACUGGCUUUACUGUGCCGAUUCGAGCCGUUCGUCUUUCUGCGGGCGCUGGAUUCCUUUAUCCGCUUCUUGGAGAUAUGCAGACGAUGCCUGGUCUUUCUACAAGACCUGGAUUCUGGGAGGUCGGACUGGAUGAGGAGACGGGUAGAGUAGUUGGCCUGUUCUAG